AUGAUUUCUUUUUCUCAUAUUUUUCCCGCCAUUUCCUUCCUUUAUUUUUCUCGCUUGUUUUUUUCCUCUCUUCUUCCCACUCAUUUCAUUCCUUUCUUCAGCCCCCCCCCCAUUUUAUAUUAUUAUUAUAAUUAUUAUUAUUAUUAUUAUAAUUAUUAUUCUCCUCCUCCUCCUUCUUCUUCAUCUUCUAUUUUUCUCUUUCAUUUUCUUGUAAUAUUUCCCUCCUUCAUUUGUUCUAUUAUCAUCCACCAUUUUCUUUUUUCGUUCCACUUCUUCACUCAAAAAAAGCCUUUCCUUCUUUCUGUUUUUCCUCAUUUCAAAAUCCUUUCUUCCAGUCUUCCUUCCGUCCUCCAUUUCUUUUCUGCUUUCCUUCCUUUAAAAUAUAAAAAUCCAUUAUUCUUUUCUUUCUCUCUUACUUUCUUCCAUUUCACAAUCUUUCUUUCUUUCUCUCCUAUCUCAUUUAAAAAUUCUCCCUUCGUUUCUUUCUUUCUCCCUUCCUUCUGCAUCCAAAAUUCUUUAUUUCCUGGGAAGGAUUUUGAGAUGAAGAAAGAAGCUGAGAAUCCUUUUUUUUCUCCAUCUCAAAGUCAUUCGUUUGUUCCUUUUUUCGUUCGUUCGUUCCUUCCUUCCUUCCUUCAUUCAUACCUUCUUUCCUUCCUUCAUCCUUUCUUUCAUUUCUUCCUUCCUUCAUUUCUUCAUUCUUUCCUUCCUUCCUUCCUUCAUUUCUUCAUUCUUUCCUUCCUUCCUUUCUUCUUUCAAACGCCUGCCUAUUUUUAUUUCAUGCCCCCCCCCUUGUAUCUAUUCGACCAUUAA